CCAACUCUCAAUAAAAAGCAAACAUCGCUUCGACAUUCCCAUUCCACACCAGUGUUGGAGAGGUACACCGAUGGAGAGGAAUCACCCGGAGGACAGCUGGCCAGAGAAAUCAUUAAAAGAGGCGAUAUUGUUGCACAAAAUCAGAUGCGAGCACCUCAGGUUGCAUCUUCCCCUCUCAACAGUUACGCGAAGGCUGAAGCACAUCACUUAGCGAAACAACUUAGAGAUUUGAUUGCGCAUUUAGAUAUCGUCAGUGAGGAGCAUCGGCACAAGAUCAGUGAGUUCGAUGAAGUGUACGAUGGACUGGUGUCAGAGAAUGAUCAGUUGCAAAAUCAAAUCAGAGCACUGAAUCAGCGAAUCAAACAACUCGAAGAGACUGAUCAACUUCGAAAUGAAACGCUGACAAUGUUAAAAGAAAGUGAGAGGACUAGGAUGGAGGAUUUGAAACAGCUGAAACGAGAGAAUGCUUUGUUGACGAGGAAACAACGUUCGAAAGAGAGCGAUGACAGCACAAUGGUACAGAUUUGUAAGGAACAGAUGGAGGAAUUGAAAAAGUCGAAACGUGAUUUGGAACGACAAAGGAUUGAUCAACGCGCACAAAUCCGCAAACUGGAGACGACGAUCAAAGAGAAAGAUAAGAGGAUCGACGAGAUUGCUGCCGAAAAAGAACGUUUGGAGAGGAGAUUCAAAGCGGUUUCGAGUGAACAAGCGAAAGUUCGUGGACGUCGAGCUGAAGAGACGCUGUAUCAAGAGGCGGUUGAGCGAGCAUCUAAUAAGGCACCUGUGACGAUGGCAGCGAAACGUAUUGGUGGCAUGACAUACAAUUACAGCAGUAAUCCGAAAGAGAAUUUAAUAGCAAAAAAUGGUAGUGAUACAAGAGGAAUACGACGGUCUGAUGAGCGCACGGAAAGCAGUGCGUCAGAACGCAGAGAAGAAGCACUCUUGUUGGAUUCUACACCGCGAUCACAGAGUCCUGUCAAUGGGGUUGUUCCUGUUAGUGGUAUGGGAGUGGGUAAAUCAGUUCGUUGGAAUGAGCCGUUAACAACUGAAUUAUUCUUUUCACCACCUUCUGAAAGGCAAGAAACUGAACGGUCAUCUAAUGAAAGCAGUGUUAACGUACAUCAAGGAUCAGUUGAGCCGAAUGCGGACAUGCAAUUAGUGCGAGUCGAAGACAAUAUUAUCGGACGUGCAUCGUUAUUUCAAAGUGUGGCUGACUUCACUGUAUACACACGUACUCAUUGCGGUUGUAAUUAUUAUGAAUACAGCAAUACGGACACACGUUGGGUACAUCCUUCGCAUAAAUAUCAAGUAAACUAUUACGGUCAAAUGGGUGCAACGACGGUACAAAUAGAGAGUGGUGUGUUGCUGGUGAGGCAUUUCCUGAACGGACAGUUAGAGAUAUAUCGGCAAUCGGGUGAAAUCACUCUUGUCACUUCAUCGGGACGCAGAAUCGAAAUUAUCAAAGACGAAAAUGGACUGAAACGUAUCGAAAUGUUCGGUUCAGUUAGAUUUCUGCGGCUGUUUUUGCUUAUUUGUAGUUAUUGGUGGUUUGUUGAUCGCCGUCAAAUAUUGAUGUGCUCGUAA